AGCUGUUUAAUGUAUACUACAAAACCGCCUAAUAAGGAAUUUUGCCUCCUUGUUGCCUCUCCCCCUUCCUCCCUUACCAAACUAUAAAUCAACCAUUUGUCUUCUAUUUUAAGUAAAUCUUGUGAUAGUAAUAAACUCUUCUAGCUCUUUUCAGUGAAGUUGCAUGCAAUGGCGAAAGUUGGGUGGAUUAAUCUGGCAUUUCUUUCCUUACAAUUACUACAAUCUUUUGCCCAAUAUUCGCCAUCAGAUAUAUCUGGAUGGCGGAGUAUUGAUUGUGGCACGAACAGGACCCAGUACGAAGGCAUGCUCCAGUGGGAAAUGGAUUCAAGCUACACUGAGACAGGGUUGAAUAUACUGGUACAGAACAAAACAACCAGGGAAGAGUUGAACACCCUCCGAUUCUUUCCAAACAACAUCCAAGAUAACUGUUACUCUGUGCCUGCUGAGACACUAAUUGCUCGAUACAUAAUCCGGGCUGGAUUUUACUAUGGCAACUACGACGGUCUCUCCCGCCCUCCUGCAUUCAGUCUCUUCAUUAAUGAUGUAAUAUGGACAACUAUCAACACAGCAAAAAAUAAUGGCGAACCUUUUUACAAAGAAAUUAUGUAUGAAAGCAAUGGAUCAGGGGUUUUUAAAAUUUGCUUAGUGCAGAUUAAAGAUGGAGGAGUUCCAUUUAUCAAUUCAAUUGAAACUGUGGCUUUAUGGGACCCAAUGUAUUCCCAGAUGGAGAAUAAAGCAACAUAUAAUCUUGUCACUAGGACUAAUCUUGGAGGGGAUGAAAUCAGAUUCGACCCUUUGAAAUUUGAUGAAAAGUACAACCGUAUAUGGAGUAAGGGAGUUACACCAUAUAAUUGCGACAACAUCACUGGUUUAACAGACUUCACUGCAGCACAUGAGAAUUACCCUCCUGAUCCUGUACUUAAGGAUUCUGUUCAACCCAGGGGCACAGAUACAAUCAUAUUGACCGUCGAUGUUCCUGAAUCAGCCCCACAAAUAGCUUACUUUGUUUUUUAUAUAACAGAACUAUUUGAAAAAGAUACUGAUGAAAGAAGAACCAUGAUACUAGAAAUUGAUGGGCAAGAUCAUGGGACUGUAGAAGCGCCAUCUAAAGGAGAGACCACGGUAGUAACCAAGUAUCCAGUGAUAGUAUCAGGUCCAACUAUUAAUAUAACAUUGACACGCGACAAAAACUCUACUUUACCACCGAUGAUAGCUGCAAUGGAAGUAUUCACAAAAUGGGCUACACAUGUGAAGCAGAAUUACAAAGCUCCGUCAUCUGGAGCUGCUGGGGGAUUUAUAUCAUUUGCAUUUUCACUGAUGAUUCCUUUUGUGCUUCUAUUGGUAGCAUGAAAGUGGUAAGAGACAUUUGAAGCACAAUGUUAUCGUCGUAAAAUUAUAAUAAAGGUCACACAUCUUUAAUAAGUUAAUCCUGUAAAUGAAAAUUUCAUCUGA